AUGUCUCGAUCUGUUAAAAAAAGAAUGGUGACUGUAUUUUUCUCAAAACGCGGAAUUUUGUCGACUAUCGUGCUUGAUAAACAGAAGACUGUUACUGCAAGUUGGUACACGGAAAAAUGUUUGCCUCGAGUUUUACAGGCGUUGAAAAAUGAGCGACCAAACUCAAGACUCGACACAUUGUUUCUGCAUCAUGACAACGCUCCCGCAAAUCGUACGGGCAAAACUAUAGACUAUUUGCGUGAAGUUGGAGUGAAAUUACUGGGACAUCCUCCUUAUAGUCCAGACUUAGCGCCAUGCGACUUUGCACUUUUUCCUUAUGCAAAAAAAGCACUAAAAGGACGCAGGUUUUCUAAUGACGAAGAGCUUAUAGGCGCAUUUGAAGAUAUAUAUGGUAGUGUUCCAGAUGGUUUCUGGGGCGACGUAUUUAGUACAUGGUUCGACCGUAUGAGAGCAUGUAUCAGUGCUAAUGGGCAUUAUUUCGGAAAAAAUAAAUAA